UGGCAGCCUCAAAUCCUGCAGAUCAACACCCACGUCGAAUCGUCUCGGGCUCGGGCUCAGUCUCUCAUGCGGUGAUUGUCAGCAAACGGCGUGCCGGGGGCAGGAUCCAUGAUCGAGCCACUCGUCCUCUUCCUCGUCGGGGUGGCUAUAGUGGCCCUCCGGACCUAUGCUCGGGUCCGUGUGGUUGGAUGGAAGCAUUUGGAGAGCGAUGACUACAUCAUGUUCUUCGUCGCAUUUUUCUAUGCAAGUGGAACAGCAUUCGCAUAUGUGGCGGGCACUUACUGGCACGGCCUCACCAAUGGCAGCAUGACCCCGGAGCAGAGGGCAGCACUAAGUCCAGACAGCGACGAAUAUCAAUGGCGUGUCAACGGCUCGAAAGCGUAUCUCGCGAUAUGGGUGUCUUUCAGUCUCGUCCUAUGGUUGCAAAAGGGAGCAAUGCUAGCGUUCUUCAUACGUCUAACGUCACGGCUGGGCGACUACACGAAGAUUAUCAGAUUCGGCUUCCUAUUUGUCUCAGUCAGCUAUAUCAGCAUCGUGUUGGUCUUCUUCCUGGACUGCCUGCCGCUGGAGCGAAAUUGGCAGGUAAAUCCAUAUCCUGGCGGUAGUUGCAUUCCAGCUGAUGUGACGACAUUGUCUGUCGUGCUAUCCCUCAACAUAGCAACCGACAUAUACAUCCUGGCCAUCCCGUUACCCAUCUUCUGGAUGGCACACAUCAAGUAUUGGAAGAAGCUGGGUCUGCUGGUGCUAGUCAGCGGCAACAUCUUCAUCAUCGCAGUCGCCAUUGUCCGGGUCUGCCUCAUCAUCGGCGACCCCCUGCACGGCUCUCAGCAGGCGGCGCCGUGGACAUAUCGCGUAAUGUUUGUGUCAGUAGUGUCGACAAACGCUCCGAUGCUUGCGCCGCUACUGCGGAAGUGGCUCGGCAGCAUGUCUCGAGCCCUCUUCGGCGAGAAGCCCACUGAAAAAGGAAUGAUGCGGGAGAUCCAAAUCAUUACGGUCAUAGAACGGACAGACGUGGAGGCCCUUCCGGCAGACCUUGACAAGAGCCGGUUUGUGAGGGCGAGGCAGGCAAGACGGCCUUCUGCGAUAACAUCGGGAAGCCAGACCAUGGUCGAGACAGACGAUGGCGAUUCUGAUAAGAUUCAAGUCGUGGUCGAGACCGAGGGACAGCACGACGUGCGUCGACCCUCCUCUCGACCUUGUUUGAGCGACGAGCAUCCUGUAUGACAUGACGAUAACGACCUUGCAUAUGGAGGGUAAUGUGGUGCAUAAGAA